ACUAAAGUUUCAAAAUGUGCUAAACGUGAGAGAGUUUAAACAAAGUGACAUUGGUACUUAUUUGCAACCAUGUAAAUGGUUAUUAUACCCUAAUUACAUGUAAAUUACCAAGUGGCAUUUAGAUAAUUUUCUAUGUAACCUUUUUAACCAUGUAUCCAAUAAAUAAAAGACCUUUGUUAGGAGGCUCAGACAGCGAAUUUGAGGAUGAUUUAGAAACUGAAGUCGAUGAUCCAAGUAUUUCUGUGCCGGAUGAAAAGCCAUUUUUAAAACAAUAUGAACCUAGCGACAGGUAUAAUAUUGCAUAUAUUGUUUUUUAUUUACUUGGAAUGAAUAUAUUAAUUCCUUGGAGUUUUUUUAUUACUGCUGAAGAUUAUUGGAUGUAUAAGUUUAGAGAAAUACAAGAAAAUUCUACGCAUAUUAACUAUACUCAUGUAGAAAAUUUAGAAAAGAAAACUGACCUUCAAGCUAGUUUUACAUCAUAUCUAAGUGUAGCAAGUGCAUUACCAAAUACAUUGUUUCUAAUCAUAAAUGCAUUUAUCAGUAAAAAAAUUCCCCUAAGGACAAGAAUGGUGGGCUCACAGUGUAUAAUACUGUUACUUUUCAUUGUAACAACAGUAUUUGUUAAAAUAAAUACAGACAAAUGGCAAGGCACAUUUUUAAUUAUUACUUUGACCACAGUAGCAUGCGUAAAUUCUGCAAGUGCAAUUUUUGGAGGAAGUUUAAUGGGUGUUGUUGGUCGUUUUUCUCCCAAAUAUAUAACUGCUAUGUCAAGUGGUCAAGCUCUUGGAGGAAUUUUUACUGCUAUAACAGAAAUAUGUUCUCUUUGGAUUGGUGCUAGUCCUAUGCUUUCAGGGCUAGUAUAUUUUAUUAUUGGAGAUGUUAUCUUGUUUUUAUCUCUGAUUGCAUAUGUAAUGUUGGAAAAAGCAGCAUUUUUUAAACAUCAUAUGGUGGAGAGAUUUCCUAACAGUGUAGAAACAGAUUAUUCAGUAACUGGAGAAGUAACUUUUCCACAAGGCACAACAGUAUCUUAUACUCGUAUUGUUAAAAGAAUUUGGCACUAUGGUAUUAGUGUAUUCUUAGUAUUUUUUGUAUCACUGUCUGUAUGUCCAGCAGUUACUGUAUUGGUAGAAAGUCAAGAUAAAGGCAAGGGUUAUGCAUGGAAUGAUAUCUAUUUUGUACCUGUGGUGACAUACCUCAUUUUUAGUUCUGGUGAUUAUGCUGGAAGAAUAUUAUCUGGCAUAUUCCAAUGGCCAAAAAAUAAACCCUGGCAGGUGAUAUUUUUAAGUCUGAUAAGGGUAAUCUUUAUACCUGCUCUUAUGUUUUGCAAUGCACAACCUAGAUAUAAUCUUCCUGUUUACAUUCAUAAUGACUUUUAUUAUAUUUUAAUAACUAUUGCAUUUGCCAUUAGCAACGGUUAUCUGUGUAAUUUGACAUUUAUUUUAAUUCCUACAGUUGUAGAUUCUCAAGAAAAGGAAAUUGCCUCUGCUAUGAUGGGAGCUUUCCUUGGAAUGGGAUUGGCAUCAGGUGCUGCACUUAGUUUGUUUAUGGUUAAAGCGCUUUAACCAUUAUGAUCAAAAAAGGCAAAUAUGAAAAAAUGCAGGCGUUCAUCUCACUGCCUAUUGCAUACUUAAAAUAAACUAGGACCACAGGACACAAAGUCCAAUCACAUUUAAAUAAUACAGUUAUUUGAUAUUUUAUAAUAAAUUGAUAACUGCAAUGUUUGACACAUUACAGUAAAUUA